GCUCAGUCCAUGCGGAAAAAUUGGGUCCGUCAAUUUUUAAAUUGUGCCGAAAGUUGUCUGUAAACGUGCUUUCAUUAAUAUUAAUACGUCAGAAAUGGUUGUUUCGAUAGGCUUCGAAGGUAGUGCGAAUAAACUUGGAAUUGGCAUAGUUAGAGAUGGAAUUGUUUUAGCAAAUCCGAGACGAACUUUUAUUACACCACCAGGAGAAGGAUUUAAACCUGUUGAUACUGCAAAUCAUCAUCAGUUGAAUAUUGUUCUUUUGCUUAAGGAAGCAUUAGAUGAAGCCAAGAUUGAUCCUCAAGAAAUAGAUGUUGUGUGCUAUACCAAAGGUCCUGGCCUUGGGUCACCAUUAGUAUCUGUAGCUGUGUUUGCAAGAACAGUUUCACAAUUAUGGGGGAAACCAAUCAUUGGUGUUAAUCACUGCAUUGGGCAUAUCGAAAUGGCAAGAUUGAUAACUGGUGCCCAGAAUCCAAUUGUUCUGUAUGUCAGUGGAGGAAAUACGCAAAUAAUUGCCUAUUCCCAAAAACGAUAUAGAAUAUUUGGAGAGACAGUGGAUAUUGCUGUUGGAAAUUGCUUAGACCGAUUUGCCAGACUUCUAAAGCUACCAAACCAUCCAAGUCCGGGACACAAUAUUGAACAGUUGGCAAAGAAUGGGAAAAUUUAUGUCCCGUUGCCAUAUGUUGUCAAAGGAAUGGACAUGUCUUUUUCUGGUGUCCUGACAUACAUAGAAGAUUUUGCGACUACGCUACAAGAGUAUACUGUCGAAGACUUAUGCUUUUCACUGCAAGAAACCGUUUUCGCCAUGCUUGUGGAAACAACUGAAAGAGCUAUGGCACAUUGUGGCGCUCAAGAAGUUUUAAUAUGCGGGGGUGUCGGCUGCAAUAUUCGACUGCAGGAAAUGAUGUCAGAAAUGUGCAAAGAAAGAGGGGCAAAGGUCUUUGCAACUGAUGAAAGAUUUUGUAUUGACAACGGGGCCAUGAUAGCUCAUGCUGGAGCUGAAAUGUUUAGAGUCGGUGUUGUUACUUCUUGGGAAGAUACAUUUUGCACACAACGUUACAGAACAGAUGAAGUAGACGUAAAAUGGAGAAAUGACGUUUAACAUUGACAG